AUUAUAAUCCAUAAACUUUUAUCAAGAAUCAAGGGACUAGUGUGCUAGUCACAGGACUCACCCACGUCAAAAGUCAAAGUAAAAAAUUAUAUCUAUAUAAUAUGAUAAAAUAAUACAAUUAAUUAUUAAAUUAUGAAACUUGAACGUAUGACUAUGACUCCUCAAAAAUAACUACCUUUAAAUUUUAAAAUGAUCUGUUUAUUAUAAUUAAUUAUUUAUUUCAUUAUUAAUUAUUAUUUAUUUAUGAGAUGAUGAUCAUGACAUUAUAGUUAUUAAUUAGUUAAUUAAAUUGAUGUUACUCUUACCUACAAACUUUUUUUUAACAACUAUUACCACCACUACUUAAUAAGGUUGGCAGUAUGAUUAUUAUUAGUAGUAGGCUAAAUAUUAAUACAAGUAUCUCUUGGCUUAUAAAUAGUAUAGGGAUUUAUUUCAUUAUCUCAUAAAUGUCUCAAUGAAAUAACUUAUAAAAAUACUGGAACAUCUUCCUAUCCUGCCCCUCUCCAAAACUCACUCAAAGCAGGCUCCAGUGGUCAGUGGUAUUUUUAUAGGCCUAGGUCUAAUUUUUUAUUCCCUGUUAUAAAUUUUAAAAGUGGAAACCUGUCAUCUCUAUUAAAGUAAUAGCCUAUUAGUAUGGGCCAAAGAUUCACAUGUGCUAUAUCAUUUUAAGAUAUAUGGCCUGCUAUAUAUUAUUAUUAAAGUGAGGUGCCAGUAUUUUAUAAAAUUUUAGGGAUUGUUACAAGUUAAAAAAUAAUUCCAAAUGAAAUGCAUUAUUACAAAUAGAGAGACAUAGGCCAGCUUUGAUACUUGAAUGCAGAUUUUACCAAAUUACAGUCUCAGGGCCAAGGGUGCAAGGGGGAUGCUCACGUUUAUUCUCAGUAAGCUUUGCUGAACAGCUAAACUUAAAUUAUAUCUGCACACCAGUGGAGUUGCUAGAGUUUGUGAUGCCCGGGGCUGUCUUUGACUUUGCUAUGUCUAAUUUUUGAACACCACAAUGCAUACAGAAUACACAUAAAAUAGUCAUAUUAAGUAAGUGUAGUUAACAAAGUGGAUUAAAAAUACAUUCUCAAAAACAAGUGCCACCUGGGGCACACCAACCUCAGCUGCUCCCCUUCUUAGGCCAGUGCUGCACACUUUAUUCCACUUCCCUUUUGUAGCCUACUUCCCAUCUUGUCAGAAGUUCUUAAAAGGAGAAAAAAAAAAGGGGGGGGGGGGGAAUCAGGUCAAUUGAGUUAAGUGAUAUUGUUACAUUAGAACUUUUGUUGAUACUUCUUUCUGUUAAUGGUUUGCUUAUUUAAAAAGUUAACAUUAAUAGGCCUUCUAUAAAAGUCUUAGACAUAUUAAAAAAGAAGAUUAUUGAAAUUUAAUCAAGAAUGGGUUAUAUCAUUUUUACUAAUAUCUUGACAUUUUCUUUAUUUCAGCUGUUAGACAGGAUGAAGUUUGAUGACAUUCUUAAGUAUGUUGGUGAUUUUGGACCAUUCCAGAAAAGAGUCUACUUUCUGCUUUGUUUGUUUUGCAUAUUUCAUGGCAUGAGGAUGGUUGUACUGGUGUUUAUACUGAGUGUCUCAAAGCACAGGUAAAAUAUUUGUGAAGGAAAUAUUUUUGAAACUAUCUACAUCUUGAAAUUUUGUGAGGAAGGAAUCAGAAUGAAACAAUGUAAAAUAUUUGUUGUUAUAAGUGGGAUAACUAACAUAACUUUCUUUCUUAAUGGGAACAACAAAUUUAAAAAAAAAAAAUAAGAAGAAGAUACUAAAAAUACUUGGGAUAACUAAGAUAAUGUAUUUCCUUAUUUUGUCAGAUGCUCAAUACCAGGCUACUUGAAUGAUUCAUAUGAUGUGACUUCCCUCGCCCAUCAACAGGCACUCAAUAUGUCUGUGCCACUUAAUGACUCUUGUCACAUUUUCCACCCUGGAAAUUAUUCCUAUGAUGACAACAAUCUGCCCAUCAAUGCAAGUCUACAGAAGUGUAGCAGCUGGGUUUUUGACCGAUCUUUGUUUUCUAGUACAGUGGCGAGUCA